AUGAGCAGCCAGAAGCCUUUGCUGUGGCAUAAAGCGCUCAGCUGCCAGCAUCGCCUUGCCCCGCGCACCCGCUGUGCCGCCGGCGCCCUCCACCUGUGCCACGGCCCGGCGGCCGGCCUCGCUUCCUCCAGGAGAGAGCUGAGCCUGUCUGCUGCGUGCUUGCAGCUGGAGCACAAGAGGACAGAUUUCACCUCUUCCGGGAGUAGGAAGCUCUACUUUGACACCCAUGCCUUGGUGUGUCUACUGGAAGAAAAUGGGUUUACUACGCAACAAGCAGAAAUCAUUGUAUCUGCACUGGUCAGGAUCGUGGAGGCCAACAUGAAUGUCGUCUACAAAGAUAUGGUCACCAAGAUGCAGCAGGAGAUCACUCUUCAGCAGAUAAUGUCUCAGAUUGCUAAUGUGAAGAAAGAUAUGAUUAUUUUGGAGAAGAGUGAAUUUUCAGCCCUCAGAGCAGAAAAUGAGAAAAUAAAGCUUGAAUUGCAUCGGUUAAAACAACAAAUAACGGAUGAAGUGAUCAAAGUCCGAACAGAUACCAAAUUAGACUUCAAUCUAGAAAAGAGCAGAGUAAAAGAAUUGUAUUCAUUGAACGAAAGGAAGCUGCUAGAAAUGAGGACAGAAAUGGUGGCAUUGCAUGCCCAGCAAGACCGGGCCGUCACCCAGACAGACAGGAAGAUAGACACUGAGGUCGCUGGCCUGAAAACCAUGCUCGAGUCACACAAGCUUGAUAAUAUUAAAUAUUUAGCAGGGUCUGUAUUUACAUGCCUAACAGUAGCUCUGGGAUUUUAUCGCCUGUGGAUAUAAUAAAGCAUCUAUUUGAAGAGAUCUCUAUUGUUUUGCCUGAAGAA